AUGUGUACAUUAAGAGCACUUUGGGUGUUAAAAGAGAAUAGUAAUGGAGGUACAGAGAUUAUAUUAUCAAAAAGAAUAAAUACAGUUGAGAAUAGAGUUAGAGCAUUAUCAGGUUCAAAUUAUAAUCCAAUACCAAUUGAUAGUGAAUUAAUAGCAUUAUUUAAUACAGAAUUAAUAAAGGAUUCACAAGGUUAUUCAACAGGUCAAACAUCACCAAUUUCAUUACAACAACAACAACAAACACCUCUUCAAACACAAACAUCAUCAUCAUUAUUAUCAGCAUCAAUGGCAUCGAAACAACAAAAUCAACAAACAACUACCACAAUCACUAAUUUAAAUUCAUCAGCAUUAAGUUUAGUUAAAGUAUAUACAAAUACACCAAAUACACAUGUAAUAUCAUUAAAUCAAGAAAGACUUUGGCCAUUUAUUUAUAUAAAAAAGAAAAACCUUUAUUUUAUAACUAUACCUGUUAUUGAAGAAUUUUUAGUUUCAAAUAGAAAACCAUCAUUAAUAGAUUUACCAUCAAUAACAGCAGCAUUAAAUUUUUUAGAAGAAACAUCAAUUUAUAUGAUUGGGUUUUUAAAUAAACCGCCACCAUAUCCAGAGUUACAAGUAUUUUUAACCAAUAUAAUACCAUUUGGUCAACCAAUUGAUACCAAUUUCAAUAAUGUUAAAGCAAUGAUUAGACAAGGAUUUCCAAGUGUUGAAACGUUUCAACAAAAGAGACCAGCAUGGAAACCAUUUUUACAUAAAGGUAAACAACAAUUGGAUUUUAUAAUCAGUGAAACUAUUCAAUGUAUAUUGUAUGAUAAUCCAAGUAUACCCGAUGUUUCAAAGGUGUCAGGAUCAUUGAUUUGUAAAGCCGAUUUAGAGGGUAUGCCAGAAGUAUCAUUUUAUUUACAACCAACCAUUGCAGCCACUGGCAGUGGUGUCGGUGGUAUCAUUGGUCAGAAUGAACCAGUUAUCACCAAUCUAGCUAUAGAUUCAACCGUUCAAACCACAUCCGAUAUCAAUAUAAAUAAUAAGAUCUCAUUUUUUAAUCCACCAUUGGACCAUUUCAAAUUGCUAUCUUAUGGCGUUCAGGGUAUAAAAGCAGUACCGUUAAGAGGUUUCUAUCAAAUGAAAGAAACCUCGGCAAACUCUAUCAAGGUAUUAAUUCAAUUGAAAUUAAAUAGUGAAAUGAAUAAUUCAUUCGAUUAUUGUUUAUUGAAAAUUCCAUUCAAAAAUCGUAGUAACAUCAUACAGGUAAAUGCUUCACCAACUACUGGUUCCAUAUUUAUCGAUCAUUCUUUAAAGGCAAUCAUUUGGAAUAUUGGUCAAAAGUUUACUGGUCGUAAUUUAGAGGUUGCUUUACCAAUGGAAAUUGUUUUCUCAAGUGUUCCAACCAAUUUAAUACCACAACCUCCACCUCAACCACCAACUUUAAUCGUCAGUAGUAGUAGUGGAAAUCAAAAUGUAACCGCUUUUCCAAAACAAGAUCAAUCAUUUCCAAUCAUUGAUUCUUCUCCUUCCGAUCAGGAGGAUUGUUAUUCCCCUGAUCCAUUUUGUACAGGUUCAAACUCUUUUGUUCGUAUUUAUUUCAAAAUUCAAAAUUGUACUCUUAGUGGUUUGAAUAUUGAUCCAAAGAAAGUGGUAAUCUAUCCAACAAAUAAAUUCAAAUUAAAUAUUGAACGUGAAGUUUUAAGUUCAGAAUAUAUCAUUUGGAAUUCUUUAGGUAGUUCAAAAUAUUCUUAUCAACCUUCCUCCUCUUCAAAAUAA